GUGUAGAGCUCAAAAAUUUCUGUGCAAAAUCAUUUGCUUGCAUUCAGUUGUCAAAAAUAAUAGGGUCCAAUAUGUAAAAUACAUAUUUUUCAAAUUUUUCGUAAACAUUCCCAUAAAUAUGUGUUUCAAGCUGCGUCUCGGCCUAAGAAGAAUUAGCAAGCAAGUACACAAAUGGCUAAAUCGACAACAAUUUGCUGAUUUAAAUACGGCCUCAGCUGUGGUCCAAUAUCAUGAUCAGCCCGAUAAAUCAGAUGGGGACAGAAAACUUUACCGUUCCUUAAGACUGUCAAAUGGAUUGCGUGCCAUGCUUAUAUCAGAUCCUUUUAUAGAUGAUCCUCCGGUCCAUCGAGCGUCCAGCGAAAGUGUAAAUUCUUCUAGCGAACAUUUUAAUGGUAAAUUAGCGGCAUGUGCAGUCCUCGUUGGCGUUGGAUCAUUUAGUGAGCCGCGACAAUAUCAGGGAUUAGCACAUUUUGUGGAACAUAUGAUAUUUAUGGGAUCAAAAAAAUUUCCUGUAGAGAAUGAAUUUGACGCGUUUGUGACGAAAAGCGGGGGUUUCAGCAAUGCGCAUACUGAGAACGAGGAGACAUGUUUCUACUUCGAGGUGGAUGAAUCCCACCUUGACAAGGGUAUGGAUCUUUUUAUGAACUUGAUAAAGGCUCCGCUAAUGCUUCCCGAUGCCAUGAAUCGAGAGCGUUCUGCCGUCCAGUCUGAAUUUGAACAGUCUUUUAUGAGAGACGAGGUCCGUAGGGAUCAGAUUUUGGCAAGUUUUGCAAGUGAUGGAUAUCCACAUGGCACUUUUAGCUGGGGUAAUUUCAAAACCCUCCAGGAGGGCGUUGAUGACAACCAUCUGCACAAGGAACUCCACAGGUUUUGUCAAAAUCAUUACGGAUCGAAUCGAAUGAUAGUAGCUAUUCAAGCGCAACUUUCAUUAGAUGAACUAGAGGACAUGCUAAUACGCCAUUGUUCUGAUAUACCUAAAAGUCAGGUGAAUGCAGAAGACCUAUCGCAAUUUAAUUACCAAACUGCAUUCCGAGAAGAGUUUUUUAAGCAAGUAUUUCUAGUACAGCCAGUGGAAGAUGUGUGCAAAGUUGAGUUAACUUGGGUUUUGCCACCAAUGAAGAAUUUUUAUCGCAGUAAGCCAGACUCCUUUAUUUCCCAACUUAUUGGGUAUGAGGGAGUAGGCAGCUUAUGUUCGUACUUACGUAGGCGCCUCUGGUGCAUUAGCCUAAGUUCAGGAGUUAGCGGAAGUAGCUUUGACUCAAACUCUAUAUACUCAUUAUUUAACAUAAGCAUAUACCUCACAGACGAUGGUUUUAAUCACCUAGACGAUGUAUUGAAUGCCACAUUUUCAUGGAUUAAGCUUCUCAUCAACAGUGAAGAGAUUGAGUCUUCUUAUAAAGAAUUUCAACAAAUUGCCAACAACAAUUUCCGAUUUCAAAUUGAACAACCUUCUAUUGAUAAUGUUCAGGGCAUUGUGGAAAACUUAAAUUACCUGCCGUUUAAAGAUGUCCUUUCGGGACCAGAACUAUAUUUUGAAUAUAAUGAAUCAGAUUUUCAGCAUUUAAGAGAGCACAUAAGUGCAUUUAACUUUAAUAUAAUGAUUUCAUCCUAUAUACCAUAUGAAAGUAAUGAAUACGAUCAAAAAGAACCUUGGUUUGGUACUCAGUAUAAAAUUAUUUCAAUGCCUCCGAAAUGGCAAAGCAUGUGGGAAAAUCCACCAAUAUUGAAUGAAUUGCAUUUUCCGGAACCUAAUCCAUUUGUUACCACUGAUUUUAGACUUUAUUGGGAAGAAGCAGGAAGGCCACAUAUAUCAAGGAGUCCAAAGUCUUUAAUUAAAAAUGAUUUAUGCGAACUAUGGUUUCGGCAGGAUAACAUUUUUCAUCUUCCCGACGGAUACAUAAACCUGUACUUCAUUACACCUCUUGUCCGGGAAAGUGUUAAAAAUUACAUGACUGGUGUUCUAUACACCUACUUAGUUGAGUUCACAAUGGCCGAGCAAUUAUACCCAGCCUUAGAAGCAGGACUGACAUAUGGCCUGUAUAUUGGUGACAAAGGUUUGGUUAUGCGGAUCAGUGGCUAUAAUGAAAAGCUUCCCCUUUUGGUGGAAAUAAUACUAAACGUAAUGCAAACUAUUGAACUGGAUGUGGCUCAGGAUCAUUUAAGAGCAUUUAAGGAUCUUAAAAAGAGGCAAAUAUAUAACGGUCUAAUUCACGGGAAAACUCUAAACCUUGAUUUGCGCCUCAGCGUAUUGGAAAACCAACGGUUUACCAUGCUUUCCAAGUACGAGGUCGUUGACACUAUAACACUAGAUGAUGUUAAGGAUUUUAAAGAUAAUUUUCAUAAGAAAAUGUACGUAAAAGCGUUAAUACAAGGGAAUUUCACUGAAGAACAAGCUAAAGAUUUAAUGCAAAAAGUUCUUCUAACAUAUAACAGCGAAAAAGUAGAUAAUUUAUCGGCAUUGGAUAAUAACUUACUUCAGUUGCCUCUAGGCUCUUAUUAUUUAAGGGCCAAAACUCUUAACGAGGACGACUCAAAUACAAUUAUAACAAACUACUAUCAAAUAGGACCAAGUGAUCUGAAACUGGAGUGUACGAUGGACCUCAUAGAGUUGAUUGUAGAGGAACCAUUUUUCAAUCAAUUACGGACUCAAGAGCAAUUGGGCUACAGUCUGGGAAUACAUCAGCGAGUUGGCUAUGGUGUGUUGGCUUUUCUAAUCACCAUAAACACUCAGGAGACAAAACAUAAGGCUGAUUAUGUAGAGCAACGUAUUGAGGCUUUUAGGUCUCGAAUGUCUGAACUUGUCUCACAGAUGAGUGAUGCAGAGUUUCAGACUUUUCGAGAAACUCUUAUCAGUGGGAAAAGGCUGGGUGACAAUAGCUUAGAUGAGGAAGUUAUGCGAAAUUGGAGUGAAAUCGUUACCAAGGAAUACUUCUUCAAUCGCAUGGAAAUGGAAAUUCAAACGCUGAACAAUUUAACGAAGGAGGAUGUUUUGAGUUUCCUGAAUGACUAUGAUAAAAGCAAUUUAAGAAAACUUUCUGUCCAAGUUGUGGGAAACGAUAAUUUAUUACCAGAUUCAACAACCCAAGAUACUUCUCAAGCUGCCACUCGUUCCGGAUCUGUGGCACACUUAUUGGAUGAUAUCGAUAUCUCGAGUCAUGAAAUUAUAUAUAGGCCAAUGGGCGAUAAGAUCAAGAUUGAGUUUUUGGGAGAGAGCAAUGAUCCUUCAAACAUUAAGGACAUUACUGCCUUUAAAAAAUCUCUCUAUGUCUAUCCGUUGUUCAACACAAAUCCAAACCUUGCAAACAAAUCCUAAGAGUUUUAAAAUUCAUAAGCAAUAAACUUAAUUGCUUUCAUUAACA